GAAACGACUUCGGGCAGUCUCGGCCAGUCUCGGUCCCGACCGUCGGCUCGCGCACGCUAGGGCCCAGAGGAGCGAAAAGUGGAGCAGCCGAGGAUGUAGCGCCGCGACGGCGAAGUCCACCGCGCCCAGGGAACGUCGACCCUUUCCGAGGCGGCGGCGUCCAGGACCUUCGACUCCCGUGACUCCUAGAACCCCGGAGGAAGCGUCGCGCCAGAAGGCGGCGCCCUCCUGGAGGCACGUCGCCCCGGUACGUCGAGGCGUCGUCGCGCGUCCUGGGUCGAAUUCAGGUGUCAGGACGUCGCAGGGAGUAGUCUCGGGCCCGGAUCGUCCCUGAUCAUCGGCCAGCCAUGCCUUCUGUCGAGUCUACGUCUUCGUCUACGAGCGUGUCCACCGUUCCCCAGGGUGGGAAGGGUCUUCAGGUCGACGGCAUCUCAAACACCCAGAGGGUAUGGACGAGUCUGCUGUCCGGCGCCAUGGCGGGCGCCCUGGCGAAGACUGUGAUAGCCCCUCUGGACAGGACGAAGAUCACCUUCCAAACCUCGAAGAGGCAGUUCUCGGCCAAGGCCGCCUUUCGGCACAUCCACCACACCUACAAGGUGGACGGGCUGUUGACCCUGUGGCGCGGUAACAGCGCGACGAUGGUCAGGGUCAUCCCCUACGCCGCAAUCCAGUUCACGGCCCAUGAACAGUGGAAGAGGUUCCUCAGGGUGAACGGCACGGAGACGAGCAGUACGGCCAAUCGGCUCCUCGCGGGUUCCCUGGCCGGGGUAACCUCGCAAGGGUUGACCUAUCCCCUUGACCUGGCCCGUGCGAGGAUGGCGGUGACGCAGAAGGCCGAAUACAAGACCCUGCGCCAGGUCUUCGUCAGGAUGUACCGGCAGGAGGGGGUCCUGGCGUUCUACAGAGGUUUCACGGCGACGAUCCUGGGAGUGGUGCCCUACGCCGGGUUCAGCUUCUUCACAUACGACACCCUGAAGAACCUCAUGGCCGCUUACACGGUGAACAGCCCCGGGAGGGCCACGAUGUCCGCUCUCUUCUGCGGGGCCGUGGCUGGUCUCGUCAGCCAGACGAGCAGCUACCCCCUGGACAUCGUGAGAAGGCGAAUGCAGACCUCGGCUGUGAUCGGCGAACGCUACCACACGGUCUAUGGGACCGCCGCUAAAAUUUACAGAGAGGAGGGUGCCAUGGCGUUCUACAAGGGCUUGAGCAUGAACUGGAUAAAGGGCCCCAUUGCCGUGGGCAUUAGCUUCGCCACCAACGACACGAUACGCGACGCCCUCAGGAGGUUCAUCAGUUAACGGGAGGAUAGUCGUCUUCGGGAGUGAUCUAUUUCGCGGAGCCUGGUUUAAACAUUGAGGCCAAGGUCGAGGGCUCCUCGGAAAAUGCGCCAUGGCAGAGAAUCCUCGAGUUAUAACACGUGCGUACUCGCAUACGCACGCACGCACGCACGCACAGGGAGCUAGGCGUGGAGGUACUUGCUCGCGAAAGGGACCCUCGUAAAUCCGAAGGGAAAAAAAAAUACUUCCACUGGAAUUAGAAAUCCAAGAAAGGAAGAGCGAGCCUCCAGGACUCACGGGGGACCUCGCGCGGGCGAGCGUUGUUGAGAAUCCUGUACAUAAUACCGUAUAAAUCGUUACAGUAAUCACUUAACUAGAAAGAGAGAGAGGCCACUUUACAGCUGCAUCGACAUUAUGGAAUCUUUGCUCGCAACCUUCCGUUGUCCGACUUAUUUUUUAUCUUUUUAUCGAUCGCCAACUAACUUAACCGACACGGCUCGACACCGCGACCGAGAUUUCUAACUCCGACAAUAAGGCGCUAAUUGGUCGCGAUGCCUUCCUGUCGAUUGCAAUUAACGUGGGAAUGUACAAUUUUUGACACUCGUAUCUCUUCGAGGUUCAAACAGGUGUAGUAACGCGUAGCUCUUCAGGUAAGCACGAGCGAUCCAACUUUAUGCGAGAUGUUCUAUUAACUGGAUCGUACGCUGAAGAUCCAUCGUAACGUUGCCCGUCUUCGGAUGCGGAGGGAAAUAAUUUAUUAAAAAUAAUAAUUAAAAAAAAAGAAGGAAUAAGUCGACGUUCGAGUCAUGAACCGUUAGAGCACGCCCUAAAUUGUCCUGGGGAAAUCGCAUCGCGGCCUCCUUGGAAGGGCUGUGCCAUUUUCCGGGACUUGGCGGAGAAAAAUGAAUAAAUGAAAAACUGAAUAUUUUCUAAGAA